AUGGCUCAACUGAAUCUGGCUGUUGUUGGACAUGUUGAUUCAGGAAAAUCGACAGUAUCUGGUAAACUGCUUCUUCUAUUGGGUCAGGUAUCCAACAAAGAGAUGCACAAAAAUGAGAAAGAGGCAAAGUCACAGGGAAAGGGAUCAUUUGCCUAUGCUUGGGCAUUGGACGAGAGCACGGAAGAAAGAGAAAGAGGUAUUACCAUGAACGUUGGCGUUAAGUAUUUUGACUCCAAAAAAUACAAGGUGGUUUUGCUGGACUCCCCUGGCCAUAAAGACUUUGUUCCGAACAUGAUCUCCGGCGCAGCACAAGCUGAUGCUGCAUUACUUGUUGUUGAUGGUUCACAUGGUGCAUUUGAAGCUGGUAUGAAGGGAGGACAGACUAAGGAGCAUUCACAGAUUAUCAAAAGCUUCGGUGUUAAGCAGAUUAUAGUUGCUGUUAACAAGAUGGAUGUUGUUGGCUACUCCAAGGAUAGAUUUGAUGAAAUCAAAGACACAAUAGGAACAUUUCUCACACGUUCGUGUCGUUUCGAGAAGUCUUCAGUCUGUUGCGUUCCAUUGAGUGCCAUGGAUAAUCAGAACUUGAUGUCAGCUCCUAGUGAUGACCGUUUUUUGUCUUGGUAUAGCGGACCUUGCUUGUUCGAUGCAAUUGAUUCCUUUCAACCCCCUAAGAGAGAGUCUGAGAAGCCACUGCUCAUGCCUAUAUGCGAUGUCAUCAAAGCUUCUAAAGGGCAGGUUUCUGCAUAUGGUAAAUUGCAGGCUGGAACUCUUCGAAAUGGACUUAAGGUUCGGGUUAUGCCUUCUGGCGAAUUAGGGACUAUCCGGUCAUUAGAACGCGACGGCUCUCAGUCGUGCUCAACUGCUACAGCUGGUGACAGUGUGGCUGUUACCCUACAAGGGAUUGAUGUUCAUCAAGUGAUGGCAGGAGGUGUGCUAUGUGACCCUGAUCUUCCAGUUGCAUUUGCGAGACAUUUGGAAUUGAGAGUGCAACUUCCGGAUGGGGCACAGCCUAUGUUGAUUGGCUCUCCGCUGGAGUUUCACAUACACCAUGCAAAGGAGGGCGCAAGAGUUGUGAAAAUAGCAGCAUUACUUGAUCGGAAGACUCUUCAAGUGGCGAAAAGGCUUCCUCGUUGUCUUCUCGCAAACCAGGUAGCUGCUGUGGAGGUAGUUUUGCAGAGGCCAGUUUGUGCGGUAGAGUUUUCCAAGUGUAGAGCUCUAGGGAAUGUAUCUUUGAGAGCAUCAGGAAAAACUGUGGCCCUUGGCACAGUAACACGAAUAAUCGACGAGGCGAAGUAG